AUGCCGAUUGAUAGGAUGCUUAAGAAUGAUGGUAAUAGUAUCUGCGCCGACUGCAUGUCGUCUUGCGUUCUCGGUCUUUCUACAGACUACUCGGUAUUCAUUUGCAAAGAAUGCACAGAGGCUCAUGUAAAACUAAAUGGUGGAUGGCGAUCCCUGGCAUCUCUUCAGUCUUCUACAGAAGCAGAACUUAAAACCCUCCUCAUUACAGGCAAGGGAAAUCAUCAGGUGAAUGAGGAACUUGAAGCCGAACUACCUGUCUUUUACCGGCGUCCUUGGCCUGGUCCUUCCUGCCCAUCAUUCCUUCGUGAAGUCUUUGUUCACUACAAGUAUAUCGCCCGAGCUUUUAGAAAAGGAGCACUUUCCCAGGGGCUUCAAGUUGCUUUCACAAACAGCAAUAAAAGUGGUCAGCUAUUGAAAAAGCUUCGUGAUUCCCCAAAUUUUGUCCCCCGUCUUUUUGAAAUCAAUUCAACCACCAACACCUUGAAAUACUUUGUCAAGUUGACGAACUCUGAGCCAAAGGAAUGCAUUGAUGUGGAGCGGUGUAAUAUGACCUUUGUGGACUCACAAGCUUUUGAAGUCCCUCCCCAUACGGCCUUGAUACAGUUUGUUCAAGGCAACUCUACUCGACACAUCUUUGUUAGAACUGAGGAUGGCCGGGAGAUUCUUAAUUGGUACAACACUCUGCGAUUAUGCAAGUACCAGCGUCUUCGAUUACAUGUUUCUGGGUCAGGGCAAGACAUAUCAAACGGGGAGAUUGUUUCAUAUCUAACUUACGACCUACAAAAAGUUGGAUGGUUAUUAAAAGGCGGGCCAGAUUUCAGCUAUACUUUUCGUCGACGUUGGUUUAUGUUAGCCAAACGCUGGCUCUCCUACACCUCAACUCCUCAGGCUGCUUUCGCAAAAAGGGAAAUCUUUAUUGGCUUCUCAGAGGACGGUUAUUCAGUGGAGUUGAAGUCUCCCGAUUCCUGGAAGAAGGUACCCACAAACUUCCCAAUUACCCUCAACACUCCUGAUCGCAGUUUUGUCUUCUGUGCAGCCUCAGAGAAUGAACAAAAUGAGUGGUUUAGAGCGAUUUCAGAGAUUAUUCGACGACCUGUUACGCUGCUUGAAGCCAAAGAAGCAGCAUCUAUUAGCAGCAGAAGGAAAUGA